CGACCCCAGCUGAACUGAACCGAUGAGCGGGAGGGGACGCACCGACAGCAGGAUGCGGAGCGUAUGAAGCGCACACAAACCCAGUAGGAGACCGGAUAGACUCCAUCAACGACCGGGGACACUUUGGACAAAACCGAGCAGAUCUAUCUGUGGUGCUGGUAACGCAGGAUUCACCCUCAAGCACCCUCUCCUCACUGGACUCAGACCCUGCAGCAUCCCAUCAGAUCAGAAGUAUCUGGCCAUGACGGGUCAGACUGCAGGAGGCGUCACCCAGGACCCAGCAGUGCCCUUGAUGCUGAAUGUAGAGGGACUGGAGUCCAGGCCUCUGGGCAGCGCCACGACCUUCAGUGAUGAAGCCAUUACCAUCCUCGCCUCUACAAGCCAGCUGGCCAGAACCCUCUUGGGCCGGACCUUUGCCCUCAGUCGCAGCGAGAGCGUCAGCAGUGCCGAAGCAAAGGCUGGCAGCAGUUGUGACGAGGACAGCACCAACAGUGUGCGCCGCAAGCGGGAGUUCACCCCGAAUGAUAAGAAAGAUGAAGGUUACUGGGACAAGAGGAGGAAGAAUAAUGAGGCAGCUAAAAGGUCCAGAGAGAAGCGGAGGGCCAAUGACCUGGUCCUAGAGAGGCGGGUUCUGGGUCUUCUGGAGGAGAACGCCCGCCUCAGGGCUGAACUGUUGGCUCUGAAGUUUCGCUUUGGUUUGGUAAAGGACCCAUCUGAGGUCACCAUACUGCCACUGUCCACAGCCCUGUGCACCAACACUACACCUAACAACACACCUUACUACCAUCAACACACUGACAACCCCUCACAGACCACCACAGCGCAGGGCACCAGCACCCACCACAUCCAGCCCCCCCCACAGGGUUCCUCGUAUACACUGAGAGGAGCUGGACCUCCGUCAAAUCAUAGUGUAUCCGAGGAGUCUGGGGUGUUAUGUAACUCAAACAUAGAUAGCCCUGUGUUUUUUGAUGAGACACUAGGAGGGCCUUCUCUAAGAAAUCAGGUGGAAGACCCACAGGGCUGCCACGCAGGUCCACUGGAAGUCAACGAGGGACCCUACAUGACCAGACUGGACUCACCUGAAGGUUUGAGGAGCCUUCCACACAAGCUCCGCUUCAAGGCACCGAGUAGUGACGGAGGGGAGGUGUCUCCGACCUAUGACAGCAGGUGCGGUGGCCCACCUGUAGCCACAGUGGGACCAAACAUCCAGAUGAGGCAACAUCAGCAGACAGGAUCAGACAGUAGGACGGAAAACCAGCCUGCGUGGACCAGGGAAGAGGCCUGUUGUGGACUGAGGCAGCAGUGUCACACUCGACCUUUUGGAUAUUACAACUCCUCAUCCCAGCAGAACUCGAGAGACAUCAAGCAUUCAACUGAGGACUUGGGUCUCAGGUCUCAGAUCAGCUGUCUGUCUGAGGAAGUGGCGCAGCUCAAGAAGCUCUUCUCUCAGCAGCUGCUCUCUAAGAUUGCUUAAAACCUGAACAGGAAGGAUUUGAACCCACAUCCUGAAGCUCACAGCAUUAAUUUCCAAGUUAUAUACGGUAUCUUAUGGACUGCUGAUUUCACACAGUGUAGAUGUUGUUACCGUGACAAUGCUACUUCAAUGUAUAUAAAUUAAUUAAUGCAUAACUAAAAUGUCAUGCAACUUCGAGAUUAUGAAGCUGUGGACCUGUACACAUACUCCUUAAUUCAUAAUUGACCCCUGAACUAAAGAAACAUGAAUAAUCCUUGACACAUAUGUUGACUUUAUGAUGAAUUGUUCUUUAGUGCUCUCAUAAUUUUCAUAAAAAUACUCAAAUAACAAAAAUAUGGAGAAUCUAAGACUUCUAAUGAUACAUUGGCACAAAUAAUAUGUUUCUGACUUAAUGAAAAUGGGUGUGGGGGGUGUCUAUGAUCAUGCUUAGAAGAGUCACCCGUCAUCCAGUGGACAUCCAGGAAUUAAUGACUACAAAAUGGCUUCUGUGGAGUCAUAAUGGGAUUAAAAGUUGCCAUUUAUUUCUAAAUACUGAACUGAGCAGGCCAGAAAUAUUUGAGGAACAUGUCACAUACUGUACAAAAAACACAGCACACAGUCACUAUACAACACUUGUUUCUCACGGUUUUCAGAACAAAUAUGAUCAUUCCAACUAAAACAUUUGUGCUUGUCCUCUUUGCUUAAUGUUUCAAGAUAUAAUAUGUAGCUGAGAUUAUUUUGUGUUAAAUAAUGUGCGCAAUAAUAAAUAUAUGCUGAUCCACAGAGGACACAUGUAUUAGCAAUACAUCUCAUCUUUUUGGAUAGUUUUGUAUUGUGUUUGUUCACUCUGUCUGAAUAUAAAAUGUAUAAUAUAUAAUGCAGUGAAUUCUACUUGUUACAUAAUUCACUGAAAAUACUGCAGAUAUCGAAAAUUUAUAGACAUGCUGUUAUAGUUUGGUACAGCUGGUUAAAGAUACAAAUUAAGGAUCUUUUUUGUUUAGUUCUCUGCAUUUAGCUUUGAUAAAAUACUAGAUCAUAUGGCUUUUACUGUGAAUAGAAAAUCUGCAGCUAUUACAGCCUAUGUGUAUUCAAUAGGAUCAGCAAAUUCAUGCUAAUAAAACUGUUAAUAAAAUCAUUGUUCAGCCCACAGCGACUUAAAUGCUAAUGUACUUGUUCUGAAUAAAAUGAAUGAAGUUA